UUAUUUACCCAUUUUGCAAAUGAGGAAAGAGAGUCACAGAAAAGGAAGGUGACUUGCCCUGGGCCACUGAGCUGGUUGGAGCCUAGACACAGUGUUCCUUCUACACUAGGUCAUCUCCAUUUGAAAAAGGAAACAUUGGAUCCACAUAUUUCCUGGCAGAUAGACGCAGAUGACUGCUGAACUGGAGGCUGUGCCCUGCCAGGCUGUGGCCAGGGGGCUCCCCGUAUAAAUAGCAACCUACGCUAGAGGUUGCUAGCACCAGCCAUUUCCCCUACUCACACCUGUGCAGUGUGAUAAAGAAAAUAGAAUUAGCCUGCAGUUGUGGUCCAACCUGAUAAAACUUUUAGGCGGGAAGUCAAGUGACAGGCAAACGUGUGUGUGGUUUUUUUUUUUUUUUUAAGUGUUAGUUGUUUUUGAUGUUUUAAAAAAGCAUUUAGGCUGCUUGUGGAAGUCAGAGCAAAUAGCAGGAAGGCAUUGCAGCAAGAUGGAUUUAGGAAAGGACAAAUCUCAUCUGAAGCACCAUCAGACAUCUGAUCCUCAUCAAGAAGAGAACCAUACUCCAGAAGUCAUUGGAAGUUGGAGUUUGCGAAACAGAGAACAACUCAGAAAAAGAAAAGCUGAAUCACAAGAAAAUCAAACUUCACAAUGGCUCUUUGGAGAACAGAAAAAACACAAGUGGCAGAGAACAGGAAAAGGAAAUCAAAGAGGCAGAAAGAGAAAACAAAAUACAGAAAUGAAGGUGGAACCUCAGUCACAAACAGAAAAGGAAAUUAUGGAACAAGCACUGGCACCUACAGAGAAAGAAACUGAGCUACCUGGGAGUGUGAGUGAAGCCCUUCCUUUGGUAGCCUUCCCGCAAAACGUUGUGCCCAAGGAACAUUUUUCUGGAAUACAUCAAGAAAGCAUUAUAAAUCAGGAAAAUUCUUCUGAGUACCAAGAAGUGGUAGUACAAAACCAUUCUUCUGAAACAUGUGAACAAAUAGCUGAACCUGAAAACUGCACUCCUAAAACGUGUCAAGAAAUAGCUGUACUUGAAGACCAUCCUCUCAAAAUGUGCCAGGGUACAGCUGAACCUGAAGGCCAUGCUCCUAAAAUGAGUCAAGAAAUAACUGUACUUCAAGACCGUCCUCUCAAAAUGUGCCAAGAAACAGCUGUACCCAAAGCUCUUCCUUGUACAACCUCUGAUCACAUAGUUGACCUGCAGGGAUGCUCUCCUGAAGCAUAUUCCAAACCACAUGUGCCUACAACUCUUGACACGUACCAAAAACCAGAUGAACCGGAGCAAUACAGUGCUGAAUCAGAUCAAGAAAUAGCUGAGAAUGAAGGCUUCUCUCCUAAAACACAAGAAAUAGCUGUGCCCAAAGACCUUUCUACAAAAACGUUCCCAGAAACAGUUGAAUCUGAACACUCUUCUCAUAAGACAUAUACAGAAAUUACUGUGCCUAAAGCCCCCUCCCAUAAAACAAUCCAAGAAACACCUCAGCCUGAAGAAUAUUCACCUGAAACAUAUCAAGAAACACCUGCACCUGGAAAAGAUUCACCUAAAAUAUACCAAGAAACACCUGGGCUCCAAGAAUAUUCACCUGAAAUUAACCAAGAAACACUGGGGCCUGAAGACCUCUCUACUAAGAUAUAUGAAAAUAAGGGUGUGCCUAAUGAAUGCUUUCCAGAACCAUACCAAGAAAUAGGUGGGCCCAUAGGCCAGGAUAAAGUACACCAGAAAGAUGCUAAGGACGUUUAUACUUUUCCUCAAGAAGUGAAAGAAAAACCCAAAGCAGAAGAACCAGAAAUACCAGCAAUUCUGAACAGUCCUCAAGAGAUUUCUCCAGAAAAUGAUGUCUACAGUUAUGUUUUGUUUUAACAUUGCUCAACCAUAAAGUUGUAGUCCAAUGGAAUAUACA